AUGUCAUCUAGAAGAACGGAAGAUAGUCAUAUAGAGAAACUGAACCAGCUGUUCUCCGACUCCGGGCUGGAAUGUCUGCGGUCUGCUAUUGAGUCUGAAGAAUCGUCUUCUGAAUCUGGAGAGGCCGAGGAACUGGGCAAAGUAGAAGAAGAACAAGAGUUAGUAGUGGAACCCGACUUAAUAGCUGACAUCAAGAGCCAGGUGGAAGAGGAAGUAAUUGAAGAACUGCCAGAGAUUUUCCCCACACCCUCACUAAGAAGGGUUUUACCUGAUCGACUGCGUAAGAUUGAAGAGCAAAACAGAAUCCAUGUGCUUCCAGAAGAGUUCAAAACUGACUUUGACUCGACUCUCAUCCCGAAAAUAGCUACCACGCCGCAACAAAAAUAUAUUGAUAUACUAGGUGAAUUAACAGGCUGCGUGCAAUACAAGAAGAGUCUGGCUGAAUUCUGGUUUCUGGACACUUUGGCUAACCUGCUCCGGCGCGCUCAGGAUGAUGAAAUGGACAGACCAUCUCAAGCGAUCCUUAUCCUUUGGUUCUGCGAAUGGAUGAAAGAGAUACAGCAUUUCGAUGCAGCCGAUCGCCAGCGAAUGUUAAAACGCUUCCAGCACAACAUGCUAUCAGCAGCCAGGUUUAUUGGAGAUGAGGAACACCUCCCAACCCCGCUGGAGGCUGGGGUUUUCUAUAAGCCCUUGGAAGAAGUGAGCGUUGACACAUCGGUGACUUCCCGACAGUCACGGCAUCUGGUCACGUUUGAGAAUGCAGCCUAUGAAUGUUCACUGCGCGAUCUGAUAAACAUUAUGCAUUAUAUUUAUGACUUAUUCAGUACAGACUACCAAUACGACAUAGUUCGCUCAAUUUUCACCUUUAGUCCUGAAUAUAAUUUAAUCGACACGCCAUAUCAAGUACAAAAUCCCAAACGGUUGUUUGCGCCUCUCAAAAUAAAACCUAAGAAGGAUAAGCCUAAGAAGGAUGUAAAACCGCAGAAGGGAAAGAAAAAGGAAGUGGAUACUGAGGAAUAUUUAGCAUUGCUCGAGCUCAGAGCUAGAGAUGAAAAACUUCAGGAUGAACAGGAAGAGAUUGAUAGAGAGAACUGGCACCGCCGACAGCAUAUUCUGCCAUUGCAGUUUGCGGCCGAUGACGCAUUCUUUGAUAAGUACUGGCCACCACCACCGCCAGAGCCUGAACCAGAGCCAGAACCCGAGCCAAAAGGCAAGAAAGGAAAGGGGAAGAAAUAG